UAUGUUGUAUUUGCAUAUUUACCAUUUAAACUUGUGAAAUUAGGUGGCCCAACUUGCGCGAUCAUCGCGUACAAAUGUCCACAUAUUCAGGUCACUAUCGUUGACAUGAAUCAAACUCGUAUUAAUGCCUGGAACUCGGACAAUCUGCCCAUUUACGAACCGGGACUUGACAAAGUAGUAUUCGAGCGUCGUGGCAAAAAUUUAUUCUUUACGACUGAAGUUGAAAACGCAAUUAUCGAAGCAGAUCUUAUAUUCGUAUCUGUAAAUACACCGACGAAAAAAGCUGGAAUGGGUGCUGGUUAUGCUGCAGAUUUGGCAUAUAUUGAAUCAGCUACUCGCCAAAUCGCUGAAGUCGCGAGAAGUUCAAAGAUCGUCGUCGAAAAAUCCACAGUACCAUGCCGUACCGCAGAAAGCAUGCGUACAAUCUUGGAAGCUAAUUCUCACGAUGAUAUUCGAUUUGAUAUUCUUUCUAAUCCGGAAUUUCUUGCUGAAGGUACCGCAAUCAACGAUCUUCUGUAUCCGGAUCGGGUGCUAAUUGGUGGAUUACAAACUCCUGAGGGUUUUAAAGCACAACAAACCUUAGCUGAAAUAUAUGAGCAAUGGGUCCCUAAAGAUAAAAUUAUUACCACUAACCUAUGGUCAUCAGAACUUUCUAAAUUGGCCGCUAAUGCUUUGUUAGCACAACGUAUUUCAUCGAUAAAUGCCUUAUCAGCUAUUUGCGAAGCCACGGGUGCUGAUAUUGACGAAGUUGCUUACGCAUGUGGACGUGAUUCACGUAUCGGACCAAGAUUUUUGAAAGCGUCAGUUGGAUUUGGAGGAAGUUGUUUUCAAAAGGACAUUUUAAAUUUGGUAUACUUAGCGGAACAACUUAAUUUACCUGAAGUAGCCGCAUACUGGAAACAAGUAGUUGACUUAAAUGAAUAUCAGAAAAAACGGUUUGUUUCUCGUAUAAUCAAAACUUUAUUCAAUACCAUUACAAAUAAAAGGAUUGCCGUGUUGGGAUUCGCUUUCAAAAAAGAUACUGGUGAUACUCGUGAAUCAGCCGCAAUUACAUUGUGCAAAGAUUUCAUUCAAGAGAAUGCACGUGUCUAUAUUUAUGAUCCGAAAGUUAGCGAACAACAAAUUUUUUUAGAUUUAAGCGAACCAGGGGUUACUGAUAUCAAAGAUU